AAAAACUCUAUAAAAUAUAAAGAAAUAAAUACUAAGGUCAAAAUAACAUCCCAACAAAAUACCUCAGAAAGAGACUGAGAAUCGAAAAUAAACAGUCCAAUUUGUAGGAGAAGAUAUCCCAACGACAAAGUUUCAGAUCUAGAGGAGAUUUGAAAAUCCAAUUCCAAAAACAAACAACGAUGAUAAAAGAAAAGAAUCAGAAGCUCAUAGCUUUGAUACCAUAUUAGAAGUAGAAAAGAAGAAGAAUAAUUUGAAAAAAGGUUUAUUACUUUCUUGUUUUCAUUAUAGACAAAGGUCUUAUAUAUCGAUCUAUAUAAUAGAGUAUUUUUAGUGGUUAUAUGCCUUCUGAGUAUGCAGUAGAUGGACACUUCUCAAUAAAAUCCAAUGUUUUCAACUUUGAUGUGAUAGUGCUUGAGAUCAUAAGUGGAAAGAAGAACAGAGGACUUCGCCACUGGGAUCACAACCAUAAUCUUCUUGGACAUAAAUGGAGAUUAUGGAUGGAAGAAAGAGCAUUGGAAGUAAUGGACACCCUGUUAGGCGACUCUUACACUGUUUCUGAGGUUCUACGCUGCAUUUAUGUGGCUCUGAUAUGUGUCCGAAAACGACCAGAGGACAUGCCAGAUAUGUCAUCUGUGGUUCUAAUGUUGGGCAGUGAGAAUCCAUUGCCUCAACCAAAACUUCCUGGUUUUUACACCGAAAGGAAUCGACCAGAAGAAGAGGCUUCAUCAAGCCAGCAUGAACGCGUUUCAGUAAACGAAGUAACAAUUUCAACGUUGCAGGGACGGUAAAGCAUCAUCACUUGAAACAAAAAUAUUAAAAACAAAAGUGAAAGGCUAGUAUAUGUAAUGUAAUAGUAAACAUCCUGGAUAUCAUUUUCUUGGCAGUAAUGAGCUAAGAAAAUUGUUUAGCAUGU